UUUUGAAAAAGCGCCCAUGGGACACCCAUGACCUGGAUGAUUGAGAAUCUCUAUAGACAUUUAGCAAAAACUAUACUUUUCAUUUACACUGAGCUUAAAUUAAACCAGGAGAAAUGGAUCUAUCCACAGAAGAAUAAAAAUGCUAUAUGAAAGUCAGAUCAGAAAAUAUAGUCAACAAAUGUUCAAAAUUUUGAAAGGGAGCUUUCUUGUUUGCAAUAUGAGAUAAAGUUGAAAAGGGAACUUUUUCUCUGUGACUUUCAAGCUACUUAAGAUGCCAAUGGUUUCAAGGAAAAUUGUGGUUCCUGUUCAGAGUUGAAAGAUUUUAUUAAAAAGCAAUUUAUCCCUAUUGCUCCAACCAAACAUUUCAGAAAUAACAGUGACUAGAAAGUUGGAUUUUGUCCUGGACUUGAAAUCUUUCCAGCUCAUUUGAUGGCUUUGGUUUUUUGCUCCUAAGUCACACUUCUGACUGGGUUGAUUGGACACCAGUUUUCAUAACUCCUUAGCUGUUUGGGGAUUAAUUACUGUACAUUUGUUUGAAGAAGUUACUUCAAAAUACUGUUUACCUUUUGUUUUUUAAGAUGGCUCCAAGGCCAGGUGUUUUGCAGAGAUCUGCCAAUAGUAGCUAGUUUUAGCAUGUUGUAGCAGGUUGAUGGGUUGGACUGGAACCAGCUUGAACAGUUGGAUUGGGAAAUGGUGGAGUUUCUAUGAAUUUGGGUUCAUCAAUUGAGCUCGGUGGAUGUUACUUCCUGUUGAGCCUGCAAAACUCGUUUUUCUUAUAGGCUGCAUUGCAGCUUGGGCCAGGAUUGCAUUUGGUGCCUAGAAUUUAUGGGGUUUACUUCCUUGUCUGGGCUGCUGCUGUGACAGGACCAUCACCCACCCACCCCCCAGAACUAGAAAUUGGACAAUCAGAUUGGGUGCACCAGUUUUGGGGAAGAUGUUGCUGUCCAGAUCCAGCGGAAAUGGUUUCUGUACCCUUCAGAGAACAUACUGGUUAAGAGAGAUGGCUUGGAGAAACUGUCCUCCCACUUAUUGGGUGCAGCUCCCCUUCUGUACCCAUAGCACUUGGAACAGUGCUGGCAGCAGAAGACGCAGGCUGAUGGUAGCAGUGGGAGCAGGCCUGGGUGUGUGCAGCAUCUUGGCUUAUGGAAACCGCCAUUGGCAGACAGCCACGGCUGAGCCUCCAACGGCCACCCAUACUGCCUCAUUCCCUCGCUUCACCCGAGAAGAAGUGGGCCGCCAUCAUAACGAAGCGAAUCGGGUGUGGGUGACUUACGGCAAUGAAGUUUUUGAUGUCACCGAUUUCUUAGAGCUUCACCCCGGGGGCAAAAGCAAGAUUCUUCUGGCAGCAGGCGGGGCUUUGGAACCCUUCUGGGCGCUUUAUGCUAUGCACAAACAAGAUCACGUCCAAGAGAUCCUUCAGGAAUAUAAAAUAGGAGAGCUGAGCCCAGAAGAGCCUCCUCUGCCAAGUCCAGAUGACCCUUAUGCCAACGAUCCCCCGCGCCACCCUGCUCUCCGAGUCAAUACCCUCAAGCCCUUCAAUGCAGAACCUCCUCCAGAGUUACUGGCGGAAUAUUUUUUGACCCCUAACGAGCUCUUCUUCAAGCGCAACCAUCUCCCAGUGCCGGUUGUGGACCCUGAAGCCUAUCGCCUGUGCAUUCAGAGUCCCUCCGGACAGGCCCUGUCCUUCUCUUUGCAAGAUCUGAAACAGAAUUUUCCAAAACACGAGGUUACCGCCACCAUACAGUGUGCUGGCAAUCGCCGGGCAGAGAUCAACGCCAUCCAGAAUACCAACCGGCUCGGGUGGAGCAUUGGGGCCAUUAGCAAUGCCUGUUGGGGUGGUGCCCGGCUUCGGGAUGUUCUAAUGCAAGCCGGGUAUCAACCAGGGUAUGAGGGUCAUGUCUCCUUUGAGGGCCUGGACCAGGAUCAGAGUGGCACUGUAUAUGGAGCCUCCAUCCCUUUUCAGAAAGCCAUGAGUCCGGAUGUGGACGUCCUCUUGGCAUAUGAGAUGAAUGGGGAGGAGCUGCCUCGAGACCAUGGGUUCCCUCUGAGAGUUAUUGUGCCAGGAGUGGUGGGGGCUCGUAAUGUUAAAUGGCUGGCUCGGAUUACAGUGGGGCCAGAGGAAAGCAAGAGCCACUGGCAGCAAAAGGAUUACAAAGGAUUCUCUUCUUCUGUAACUUGGGAGACAGUGGAUUUCUCCAAGGCACCUGCCAUUCAAGAGAUGCCCAUCCAAUCCGCCAUCACUGAGCCAUCUUCUAAGACAUCUGUCUCUCCUGGGGAGCUCAAGGUGAAGGGCUAUGCGUGGAGUGGCGGGGGGCAGAGGGUGAUCCGUGUAGAUGUCUCUCUGGAUGGUGGGAAAAACUGGAAAGAGGCAACACUAACUGGUGAGGAGCAGCUGCCUGGCCAAGCUUGGGCUUGGAAGCUUUGGCAGCUGGAUGCUUUUGUGCCUGCUGGAACCAAGGAGUUGAACAUUGUCUGCAAAGCUGUGGACACCAGCUACAAUGUGCAACCUGAACGUGUGGAACCACUCUGGAACAUUUUGGGAGUCCUCAAUAAUGCUUGGCAUCAGGUCCGUGUCCCCGUGGAAAAGAAGUGAGAGGCCUGACUGGGCCUAGAAGCAUUGAGGACUGCAUCUUCGCUUCUCUACUUUUGUCUGCUGCUGCAGGAACAUUACCCCUGCCCCCUGGAAGAAACCAAGAAGAAGGGCUGAGUCCUUGAACAAGGGUCUGGUGACUUCUGGGCUUUUCCCCCUCAUUCUCUGUGCAAUUCCUGUGAUUGUAGAAUUUGGGGGGUAGGGUAGGGAUGGGGUGUGCCACUAUGGCCUUAUAUGACUUGUGGACUUCAACUCCCAGAAUCCUGAACCAGCAAUGCUGGCUUAGGAAUUCUGGGAAUUGACGUCUACAGGUCGUAAAGGGGUUCUCGUUGUUUACCUCAGUCUAAGGUGUUUAUUUUCUUUUUCUCGUGGUGUGGUGGUCUCGAAAGCGUUGCUUGCUCUCCUUCACUUAGCUUUCUCCUUAACGGAGAUCCACUUUCCUCAGGAAUUUUGGAUUUGGACUUUUAUACUCUUUAGAAUUCUUUCAGUUGUCAAAGUUCACCGAAUUGUUUUCUGGCUGGAGAUCUUUUUUAGGGUACCCCCUCCAAAGAUUUAUUAAUGGUAUCGGAUCACUUGACGCUAAACUAAAUAACCCAUCUUUUUAGGAACGUAGGCCAUUUUAUUACCUUGCUUUCUCCAUUUAGGUAUGAUGCCAACUUUGGCCUUGCCGUAUUUAGUGCCUUCAGCUAUUUUGUGGGAGAACUUGAGGAGUCGAUAUUUCUCUCACAAUUAACACUGAGGAGUAUCGGAAGCUUAGCAUUUUCAUUUAAAGACCUGGGAGCUUGCCUUACACUAGUGGUUCCCAAAGUGGGCAGUACUGCCCCCUGGGGGAGAUGACUUAGGUGGGCACUAAGAGGCAAGGGGGGCGGCAGGGGGCGCUAAGAGGCAAGGAAGGUGGCAGAGGAGUGCUGGAGGUGGCCCCCUCGCAGGGCGCAAGACUCUACUUGGAAUGACAGGGCUAUAGAAGGGGAUAUAGUGUGUUGUGUAUAAAUAACAAGCCCCAGAAAGGCCAUCCAGCCUCCAACAAGAGCUUAAUACCAGCGAUAGGGAAGAAAACGGAGAAACGCACACCUAUAUGGGUGCAU